GGGGCCCUGGCGGCUGCUGUCGUCGCCUACCGGGCUCUGCGGCGCCGAGGGGCUGCUGCUGGCCAGGCCUGCGGUUGCUGCGCCGCCGCCUGGCUCUUCAACCCUCUGCCCAUGGCCGUCUCCAGCCGGGGCAACGCGGAGGCCCUGGUCGCGCUGCUGGUGCUCGCCACAUUGUACUUUGUGGAGGGGGGGAGCGUAGGGAAGGCCGCAGUCUGCUAUGGGCUGGCUGUGCACAUGAAAAUAUAUCCGCUGACCUACGCGUUGCCCAUAGCGCUCCGCCUGCAGAGCAAACAGUGCGGCGGGGAAGGGGCAGUGGGUACAGGGUGUGACAAAAAAGCAAAGUUUACAUUUGUAGGGUACCUCUGGCAGCUUUUUGUAAAGAUCCCAAACCGCGAUGUGCUGCUUUUUGGAACAGUUGCUGGAUCUGUGCUGGCUGCAUUGACUGUUGCAUUUUAUCACCUCUACGGCUGGGAAUUUUUGGAGCAUGCCUACCUCUACCACCUGACCAGGAGGGACAUCCGACAUAACUUCUCUCCAUAUUUCUACAUGUUGUACUUAACUGCAGAGAGCAAAUGGAGUUUUGCCCUUGGGCUUGCAGCUUUCCUGCCGCAGCUGCUUUUGCUCCUGACUGUGUCUGUAGCGUUUUACAGAGACCUUGCUUUCUGUUGUUUCCUACACACAGCUAUUUUUGUGAGUUUUAACAAAGUAUGCACAUCCCAGUACUUUGUCUGGUAUCUCUGCCUUUUGCCCCUCGUGAUGCCCAAUGUUAAGAUGCCCUGGCGUCGUGCUGUGCUGCUUCUCUUUCUGUGGUUUGUUGGACAAGGCCUGUGGCUCGCUCCGGCGUACUUUCUGGAGUUCAAAGGAUAUAACACUUUUUUACUUAUAUGGUCUGCAGGCUUGCUUUUCCUUUUUAUUAAUAGCCUCAUAAUUGUUCAGAUUAUUUCACAUUAUCAAAAGCAAGUACAAGUUGCAAAAAAAACCCAGUAA